AUGCCUUUUGAUAACAACGUCAAAUACAGAUUACAGAGAAUCCAAACUCUUAACGGAGACCAGGAAAUCAUCCUUAAGCAAGUUUGGGCUUAUAUGUUGAAAAACUUUGGAUACCCAAUCGACAUCAAUGCUCAGGAUUUACCAUACAAACAAUGCUACGUUGCUUCCACUUCAACUGCCAACUUUGAUGAGUCUCAAGGUGUCGCCACUGGUAUUUUGUCCAAAACCAAUACUAGAGGCUCAAUCAACUCUAGCAAAUCAUCAGCAUCAAAGAAGAAAAUGGGAUUGUUUGGUUCAAAGAAGUCUUCAAAUGCUAGCGUCUCUAAUGCUGGUGGUGCUGGUGCUUCAACUGGUCUGCCACCUGCUAAUUCCAAGAGAAUGCAUCAAAUCCAGACUCAAUCUUCCCAUGAGAGAUACCAGCCGGUCGAUAUUCCAAGUGAGAUUUAUUAUGCCAUCUAUGCUCACCAUUUCAAGUCUGCAUUUGAAUAUGCUGACGAUUUUGAUGGUAGUUCUGCUGCUCCACAACAGCAACAACAACAACAGUUGAACGGGUUUGCCGCUGGUGGCGCUGGUGGCGCUCCCGGUGCCAAUGGCAGUGGAUACAACGACUAUGAUGAUUAUGAUGACGAUGAUGUCGCAUCAGUCAAUUCAAUGGAAACUUUUGUCACUGCUGAAACCACAUUGACUGAUUACGACGACUUGCCAUCUCACAUCUUCAACAGUUCUGGCAAACAGUCACACGGAGGCAACUACGGUGGCAGAAUUGGACAUCCUUCCCACAACAACAACAACAACAAGCACCGUGGAAACCACCACAACAGACACAACAAGCACAACAAGCAUCGUCAAAACUCGCACUACCAACAACAACAGUAUGGUCAACAGCAACACUUGUCCAACGGUGGUGGUGGUGGUGGUGGUCAAAUUGAUCUUUUCCAAGCAACCGUCAACAACCCAAUCAGCGUUCAAUCAGACAGUUCGUUUUAUUCUCACUUGGGUCAAUACAACGCCAAGGAGAUCCAUCAAGCAUUGACCAAAGUCAUGCGUAACGAUUUAGUUGAUAACUUGGUGUUGAAAUUCAUCAGAGCCAGAAAAUGGGACACUGAAAAGGCAUUGGCCAUGAUGUACAAAUCGUUGAAUUGGAGAUACCAUGAGUUCCCUACCGAUGACUGGUUGAUGGAGUCGGAUGGUCCGUCCUACUUGAACGGCACCAACAAGGGGUUCAUCAAGAACUUCACUACUGAGAAGUCAUGGAUCAAAGGUAGAGAUAAAAACAAUAACCCAAUUUUCAUGUUUCAAGCUAAGAAACACUUGACUUCAGACUCGCCAUUGCCACAGAACCAGAGAUAUGCCGUUGUCACUAUUGAAUGGGUGCGUUUGUUUUUGAGAGAAGUUAGCGAAUCAGUCGACACAUGUACGAUUGUGUUUGACUUGACUGGAUUCUCCUUAAAGAAUGCCGAUUACGCCACCAUCAAGUUCCUUGCUGAUGUGUUUGAAGCUCACUACCCGGAGACGUUGGGAUUCAUUUUGAUCCACAAUGCGCCAUGGAUCUUCUCUACGGUGUGGAACAUCAUCAAGAACUGGUUGGACCCUGUUGUUGCGUCCAAGAUCCACUUCACUAAAGAUGCCAAGGAGUUGAGCAAGUUUAUUGACCCGACUUUGAUCCCAGAUUAUCUUGGUGGUGAGGACACGACUAGAGGCUUUUACCCUAUUCCCGAACCGCUGGAUGAGUUCCCUCCAAAGAGGAAAGAUGCAGAGUAUGCGAGAUUGAAGAGGGAGAGAGAUAUUUUGCUUACCAGGUUUUUCGAAACUACUAGGAGAUGGAUCGAGUCGACUAAUCCGCAAGUUAGUGAUCGGUACUUGAAGGAUAAGUUGGAUUUGAAUAUUGCCUUGUCCAAGAAUUAUAUUCAGUUGGAUCCGUAUAUUAGAAACAGGGGUAUUUAUGAUAGGGACCACACUUUGCAAGUUGGACAUUAG